CUCGCGUAUUGCCCAGCUCUUUGUUCCCCCGGGUCUUUCUUUCCACCGCUACAAUAAUCUACCACCUUCGUCCCGCCUUGUCCAGAUGGUUGAACCUUUACACAUGAUGGCGAAAUGUUGGUGUUGAAGGAGGAAAACCCGGUGUAAUGAUCAUGGAUGUCUCCGACAAGUCUGCGCCGUCUGGGCCGCCGAUGCGGCCGCAGUUGACCAAAACUCCAAUCGCUCGCCUGUCUCCUACCCUUGAACAGCCCGAAGAAAAAUGCAUAUAUGCGACUGUUAGCCUUGUCUGGCCGUACUCCUCUUCAACGAAAUCACUGGCCCUACUCUUGGCCGAGCCGGACUUUCGCCUUCGCCGACCGAAUGGUCAGGUGAAGGCUGUCUUUCACGGGCACGCCGCAGAAAGCGUCGCGGAACAGCAUAUUGGGAUUGGAGAAACUGUUUGCCUUUCUCUGAAAGAUUCGAGCUUUGUUCCCAACAAUGGCGCGUCUCAAACCCCAGGAAGGAGUAUCGCGUGGGAUCUUCACUUCGAACGCGGCUUGACGCUCGAGGUUGAUCGGUCUUCCCAGAACAUACCCUCAGUCAGAAUCGAACUGGAGCUCCCUGCGCCGCAUGAAUCCGAGCCACCCUCUACCCCCCGCUUGAUCUCAAUCGAUCCCGAUGCCACACUAGCACCCACUCGAGAGUCUUGGGGGUCGCCAGCAUUCCACAAGUCUUCCCGGAGGUCCUCUGGAAGUGCAGUUGGUUUCGCCUAUGAUCCGUUCACCGAAGAGGAUGGAUUCGUGCCUGGGAAAGGAAGAAAACGGCCGAGGUACAGCCUCCAACGAACCGAAUGGCGCGUUGUGGGCGAACCGGAGAGUCCCCAAGAGCGUGAAGAGCCAAUGGACUGGGAAGAGGUCUUGGAGGAUGAAGUAGAUGUCGAAUCUGAGACUGAAGAGUCGGCGGCUAUCGAGCCCGCCGAGGACGCUUCGCUUCCAGACACCGCCCCAGACACUUCGGACACCGUCAAUCAGGCCAAUCUUGAGGACCCCUUUCAAGACGAAUCUGCUGUUUUUGUCAAACCAUCCCUGGAUCUCGCUGGUGGUCUCUUUGGGAGACGUGUGCCCCAAAACUCCGACUUUGGGCUGACCACUUCUGCUUCCCAAAGUCCAUUUGGAAACCUGUUCAACCGACCCACCGAUACGCCUCAACUCCGGCCAAUACCUUCUCCCGGUCUUCCAAUCCCAUCGCCGCUCAUUUCCAACCAGAACAAUCAGCAGGAAUACUUUGCGUCAUUCCAUACUGGUCCGCCUGACCAUGCCUUGAAGUCGGAUUUCAACACGGUCGUCCAAGGGUUAGAUUCUUUGGCUCAAGAUGCCCAAGAAACCGCACUGCACGAGGCAACGGAAUUGACGGAGCGUCCACAGACUGUACACGACGGCGAGACUUUGGCUCACCCACCGCCUCUUUCCGAUGAUCAUCAAGCCCUGGAUUCAAUGCCUGGAUAUCCUCUCAUAGGUGCGGCUGAUCAAUUGCCGACUGUCGUUAUGGAUCAAUUCCACUCUCACGGCGCUGUGAAUGAAUCCAGCUUUAUUGAGACAGAUACUCGGAUGGAGAUUGUUAAAGAAAUACAUAUGACGGUCUCGACUGAACACUCCGACGCCCAGCUCUUGAACCAGGCAGAAAAUGAGGCUCUACGAGAUAAUUACGAGGCUCAUGGGGCACCUGGUUUCGUGGUGGCAGAAGCAGAGGUUGAAGUGUCCCAGGGGGCAAGCUCUCCUCCAGUGCCAAAGGAGACGGCAUUCGACGAAGCCGAAUCAGACGAAGAUAUGCUCGAAGAGACUGCGGGUCCAGACGAGGCUCAAGGCCUAUCUGAGAGCGCCGAUGGUUUUACUGUGACGCAAAGCGACAGUGAUAGCGACAACCAAAGCGAUGACGCAGACCAAGUUCAUUACGAGGAAGAUGCAGAGGGAGAGUUCUAUUCUGAUGAUGAAUUUUAUGAGGAAGAGGAAGCGAUCGAAGCUGGGUACGGAGAUGAAAGUGAUGCGGAUCAAAGUGAAGAUGAGGAAAGUGGAGCGCCUAGACGGUCACCAGUGCAACCCGAAAUCAUCGUACUAGAUAGUGACAGCGAAGAUGAGCGUGCCUCGGCGCAACCGGCAGUGACAUCCCCACACCAUGCUCGUCAGCAGUCUGUGUCUUCCGAAGGCUCACAAUCAUCGGCGGAGGACGAGCAAGAGGAUUGGUCUGUUGUUGAAGACAAUUCAGAUCACAAUGUUCUAGAAGAUCAAGAGUCUGGCGAUUAUGAGUCUGAGGAUGAGUAUGAUGACGGGCGCCCUGGUCGAGACGAUCAACGAGAUGACCGUGUACACGACAGUGAUAUGGAGGAUGAUGAGCCGUCUGUGGAUGAUUUGGCUCAAGAUGACUACAGCGAAGAGGGUUCUACCCGGGAUGGGUCUGUUGAGGAUGUGCCAGAUAGUGAGGAGCACCUUCAACCAAUUGCAGAAACGGAUGAUGUGUCUAAAUAUGAGGUGAAACUGGAGGCCUUUACCGAUGUGGAAGCUCAUGAAGUCCGGCCCAGCGAAGCCGUUGGCACGUCGAUUUCAGUGGAGGAACCACCACCUCAUGAUCCAGCUAAGCAGCCGGAGCACCCAACUUCCCAUGAUGAGGAGCGCCCAUCGGGUAGAAAGCUCAAGGCCUUUAUGACCUUGGACGGGGCUGACGAUUGGUCCGGAGUUACCAACCCAUCAGAAGACAACCAUGAAAUCUCAUUCGAGGAUGGCACCACUGGCAUCGAGGAGCAAGAAAUUUCUGAAAUGCAAAAAGAGGCCCUUAGGUCCGACGUUCUUGCCGCUGAACAGCACCACAACGAGAGCCUUUCAUUUGAUGCUUCAACCUUCGAUACGACUCAGCAACAGCUACCGACUCCUGAUCCAACCCAGGUAUUAUUGCCUAGCGACAAGUCAGGAGCCACUAAUCAGCAAGAAGAAGAGUUAGUGGUGACUGGCGAGCUAUUUUCACCAAGGGAUCCAAACAUCUCUCUCGCCACUGCACUGGAAGGACCCAUUGAACUGGAGCAGCAAGACGAUGCAGAUAGCGCAGAUGUUGUUUUACAGACAACCGAGCUUAUCCAUGAUCAUCAUCAAGAUAAUGAACCACAUAUUCCCGCGUCCGGGUUGACAGUCGAAGCCCCCAAAACCCCAAUUGUCGUCAUUAGCAAGCCCCCAGGGCCAGAUCGCGAUGCCCACGGGCUACGGAGCAAACUGUCUUACUUCGCCCCUCUUGCUACGCUUGCGGAUCAUUACAAUACGCUUGUGGACACAAUCUCUGUUGUUUACGAGGCCUCCCCUGUCGCCAAGGCGACUUCUGGCCCUAAAGACUAUACUAUGACGAUCUUUCUCACCGAUCCAUCGAUGGGUGGCACAACCCUUGAGGCUAAAAUUUUCCGUCGAUACAAGUCUGCUAUGCCAUCGGUGGCAGAGGGUCAAGCCAUCCUUCUUCGAGACUUCAAAGUCCAGAGUCAUAGUCAUUCCAUGACACUUGUGAGUCUCGAAUCCAGUUCUUGGGCCGUGUUCGAUGGCUCCGGUCCCGAGGCAAAGAUGACUGGCCCGCCGGUCGAAUACGAAUCUGAAGAACUGGCUUUUGCAUCUGGCUUGCGGCAAUGGUACUCUCAAACUGGAGCAAGCAUGGUGGCCGAUAGCCAACUCCAGGCAUCCAUCAAAAGGGAUAACCGGUCGUUCACGCCAAGCAGUAUAGCGGGAAGUGAUGCUGGUAGUCUGGAUGAAACACCGUCUGCCCGAGAUUCGGAAUCUGCUCGGGGUUCGCGCCGCUCUCGACGAAGUCACCGACGGGUUACUAUUCAUGAGCUGCGAGACGGUACUCGCUACACCGAGGUCGGAUCCCCUAGCGGCCAGCACGGGAUUCAUGAAUUGCGUGAUGGCACGGUUUAUGCAAAUGAAUGAGAGUCAACGGCGGACAUCUUUAUCAUAAUUCUCAAUCAAAAGAACCAUAUGAGAUCUAUCAACUAUCUAGGAGCUUCUCUGUAUUUUUUCACCUUGUCUUUCUAUAUGUACGAGGGGCUUGUUUGUAAAUACACUAUGCGCUUCACUCCUCACAUCUUAGAUCUCUCUGAGUGGAAAUAAUCGGCAUUGACAGCUGCACGAAUCAGUUGAUUCGCAAUGGCCGUCUCAGGGGGCAGUCGCAAGCCACCCUUAUACUCGGGGCCCGCGCCAGAGCUCAAGUCGCUUGUACCAAUGCGCAGUGCCUCUUCGACCUCCUCAAUUUCGAACCAACGAGCAUCUUCCAGCUCAGGGUCAUGCUCGAGGUUGAUCUUCUCAUGGGCUGCAUCACUGCACUGUGCAAUCGCUCCGAUCAUCAAAUUGGCCGGGUAGGGCCAGGGCUGCGAGGAGUGAAUCACGACUCGUGAAAGCGUCACGCCCGCCUCCUCCCACACCUCGCGCCGAACCGCGUCUUCGAUAGACUCGGCGGGUUCAAUAAACCCAGCCAAUGUUGAGUACCAGUUGGGUGGGAACCGCUUGCUACGACCGAGCAAGAUGCGCUUCCCAUCGGCAGAGACAACGGCCACGAUGAUAGUGGGGUCGGUGCGGGGAAAGGACAGAUUGGAAAGCGUGGUGCGCGUGUUACAUUCAGGGCGAUCCUGCGGCAGGCCUUCGGCAGUCCGCGCUGCAUCCGUGGGGGGACAGGCGCGCUUGGUGCCGGCAUUGACGGACAGCGUGCGGUGGCCGCAGGUACCACAAAAGGUAUUGCGGGUGUUCCAGUCCGUCAGAGCGCGCGCCUGCGCAUAGAUAGCGGCUAGAAAAAAGGAUGAGCUUCUUGGGUUGAUCCAAUCGUAGUUCUCUG